AUGGCCUGGGACGACCCGCAGCCGGCGUGGGAGCAGCUGGUGGGUGAGAUCGCCUUCCAGCUGGACCGCCGCAUCCUCGCCAGCGUCUUCCCCGACCGCGCCCGGCUCUACGGCUUCACCGUCGCCAACAUCCCGGAGAAGAUCAUGGCGACCGCCCUCGGCACCGUGCCGGGGGCCUUCGACGAGCAGCAGUGUGCCGCCGCGGCCCGGCGCUACGUCGGCUUGAUGGGGCGGCUGCGGGUGCUGGGCUACAGCCCCGCGGUGCACCCGGCCUUCGCCGAGUCCCUCGUCAACACCUACGGCAUCCUGCCGGAGCCGGCCGGCCCCGGCGCCCGCGCCCGCCACAGCCUGGCCCUCCUGCGCCGUGCGGUGGCCGAGGCGCUGCCGCCGGCGAUGCAGCCGGACGCGAUGGUGCUGCUCGAGUGCCUGCAGGAGCUGGCGCGGGAGGACGGGCAGCCCCUCUUCCUCUGGUGAGCGGCUGGGCCUGACCCUGCACCGGCACCCGCUCCCGCACCGGCACCCGCUCCCGC